UGGGCGGGGCGGCGCGCGGGGAUCCUUGAGCGGCUGCUAGCGCCAAGUGUGGGGUUUCGCGUCUUCGGUGUUCACCCCGAGGACCCUGGAGCCGGGCUGCACGCUGACGUCCUAUCCGCACUUCCCUUCCCGCACCUCCCGGCCUGCUCUAGGAUCUUGGAUAUGGACCUUCUUCGGUUCCUGGCCUUUGUUUUUGUCAUGCUAUUGUCUGGGACAGGAGUUACAGGCACCCUGAGGACCUCCUUGGACCCAAGCCUAGAGAUCUAUAAGAAGAUGUUUGAGGUGAAGCGGCGGGAGCAGCUCUUGGCACUGAAAAACCUGGCACAGCUAAAUGAUGUCCACCAGCAGUAUAAGAUCCUUGAUGUAAUGCUCAAGGGGCUCUUUAAGGUGCUGGAGGACUCGCGGACAGUGCUCAUUGCUGCCGAUGUGCUCCCAGAUGGGCCCUUCCCCCAGGACGAGAAACUGAAGGAUGCUUUCUCCCAAGUAGUGGAGAACACAGCCUUCUUCGGUGACGUGGUGCUGCGCUUCCCGAGGAUUGUGCACCACUACUUUGACCACAAUUCCAAUUGGAAUCUUCUCAUCCGCUGGGGCAUCAGCUUCUGCAACCAGUCGGGCGUCUUUGACCAAGGACCCCACUCGCCCAUCCUUAGCCUGAUGGCCCAGGAGCUGGGGAUCAGCGAGAAAGACUCUGACUUCCAGAACCCAUUUAAAGCAGACCGCCCAGAGUUCAUUUCCAGCACUGACCCUUUCCAGAAGGCCCUGAGGGAGGAGGAGAAACGCAGGAAGAAAGAGGAGAAGCGGAAAGAGAUGCGAAAAGGCCCCCGGAUCUCGAGAUCCCAGUCUGAGUUAUAGCAGGAGUGGCCCAGGGCUCAAGGGGCCAAGAGGAGACCAGUCCGGAGGAAGAGGCAGAGGCAUCUACUGGUGGUGAGAGCCAGCUCUGUGAAAGGGGAGGUGGCCUUUGCUCAGCCCCCUGAAGCUGGCUCUGCGCCCUAACUGAAGUGACUGGGCCACAGAGGGCUGGAUUUCCUUCCUGGGGCCUUCCUGGAGUGGGUGCCAAGAAGGCCUUCAGAGGAUGCCAUGCUGCAGAUCAAACCAUGUUGAGAUGCUAGGGGAGGCUGGAAGGAUCCUGGACUGGACCCUCCCUUUGAGUUAGGACCGCUGACCAGCCAGCUGCCACCCUUCAUGAGGAGGCAGCAGAAUCAGGCUCUGAGCCACUUGUGGAAGUGCCAUGCCUACUGAUGGCCCCACUGUGGCACUGAGCUGCUCAGCACAGGUCCCAGCCCCCUGCAGAGACACAGGAGAAGCCAGCAAGCCCUCUGGGCUAACCGAGGCUGAUUUGGGCCCCUGGGAGCUGUGAGCCCUUUCACAGGGUAGG